UGCAGGCUUCUGAAUUGGAUAUACCUGACUGGGACCUCAGAUCAAACCAUGGCUGAAAUCAAAGAAGGCACCUGGAAUAUGUCUGACAUGUGGACAUUCUUUGAUUACGAGUUCAAUUUCACUGGUCUGCCCCCUCUGGGUGAAGAGUACAGCCCCUGCAACCCGAACACUGAGGUAUUUAACAAGUAUGUUGUGGUUGCCAUCUAUGCCGUGGUGUUCCUGCUGAGCUUGCUGGGGAACUCCCUGGUGAUACUGGUCAUCUUAUACAGUCGAGUCAAUCGUUCGGUCACGGAUGUCUACCUGCUAAAUCUAGCCGUGGCUGAUCUGCUCUUUGCUCUGACCUUGCCCAUCUGGGCAGCUGCUAAGGAGAAGGGCUGGAUUUUUGGCACACCCCUGUGCAAGGUGGUCUCACUCUUGAAGGAAGUCAACUUCUACAGUGGUAUUCUGCUCCUGGCCUGCAUCAGCCUGGACCGCUACCUGGCCAUUGUCCACGCCACACGUACACUGACCCAAAAGCGCCAUUUGGUCAAGUUCAUAUGUCUGGGCAUCUGGGGACUAUCUUUGAUUCUGUCCCUGCCCUUCUUCCUCUUCCGUCAGGCCGUUAGUUCUACCAAUUCCAGCCCCGUCUGCUAUGAAAACUUGGGUAACAAUACUGCAACAUGGCGGUUGGUGUUGCGGAUCCUGCCCCAGACCUUUGGCUUUGUCAUACCACUGCUGGCCAUGCUGUUCUUCUACGGCUUCACCCUGCGCACCCUGUUCAAGGCCCACAUGGGGCAGAAGCACCGGGCCAUGAGGGUCAUCUUUGCUGUUGUACUGGUCUUCCUCUUCUGCUGGCUGCCUUACAACCUGGUCUUGCUCACAGACACCCUCAUGAGAACCCAUAUAAUCCAGGAGACCUGUGAGCGCCGCAAUGAUAUUGACCAGGCCCUGGAUGCCACCGAGAUUUUGGGCUUCCUCCACAGCUGCCUCAACCCCCUCAUUUAUGCCUUCAUUGGCCAAAAUUUUCGCAAUGGGUUCCUCAAGAUCCUGGCUACCCGUGGCCUAAUCAGCAAAGAGUUCCUGGCAAGUCAUCGUGUUACCUCGUACACCUCUUCCUCUAUCACUGUUCCUUCAAACCUCUGAAAAACAUCAAUGAAAGGAUCUAUCACCCUCAUAAAGAAAGAAUAACCCUCAUCCCAAGGUCGUGUGGGGGUACCCUGGGUCCAGACUGAUGUUAUCUGGGUUUGGAGGGAGGUUGUAGAACGUGGGGAAGUUAGGGUCAGGGCCCACACCAACCUUCUGAGGAAGUGCCAAGAUACCUCUAAGGACUAGUUUCAGGCUUCAGGUGGAAAGGAACCCCACCAUUUGUGUUGAACUCUAGCCUCUUUGACCCACUAACUGGGUAAUUACAUGCAUGGCCCAAAUCUGACAGAGCAAAACAAAUCAACAAACAAACAAACGAUGGGCUGAAGUUGUUUGCUUCUGUGGACUGGCUGUCUUGUUGACUCUGGAGCAUCACCCCGACUGCUCUAUGUUCCAGCCGGCUGUUUGAGAACUCUGUGUCCCAUGCUCUGAGUUCAUGCAACUCUUUUUCUUUUUUUCUUUUUGGUACUAGGGAUUGAACUCAGGGGUGCUCAUCCACUGAACUACAUCCCUAACCCCUUUUUAUUUUUUAUUUUAAGACAGGGUCUUGCUUAGGGUCUCACUAAAUUGCUGAGGCUGGAUUGUGAUCCUCCUGCCUCAGCCUCCCGAACCACUGGGAUUACAGGUGUGUGCCACCACGCCUGGUCAUGCAAUCCUUUUCUAUCUCCUGUAUGUGGCAGUGUCCCCUGGGGACAUUGAGGUAGGUACUGCUGAAACAUCAAACCACCAGGUGACCUUGUGAUGGAGCUGGAAAGCAUUUCUUCCCUUGGGUAUAGCGGGUGAACAGAGAGAGGGUGGUUGGGAAGCCAGACCUAUCGCAAGAGAUUCCCCUUCAUGCCACGAUCAACAUCGUAGACAGGACAAUGUACGUGCUGGGUGUGUGCUGAGCCAUGGAUGGAACGAGACUAGCGGCUCAUUGCCCUCUCGGUGCUUCCAACCUGACAUGGGGUCUCAGCAAAACCUCACACACACACACAGAGUUCUCAAUCAG